AUGUUUGAUGUUAAAUAUGAAAAUUUAAACAAGUAUGAUUUAAAAAUUUGUCAAAUUAACAUAUUAAAAAAAAAAGAGAAAAGAAAUGAUUUAAAGAAUAUUUUAUUUUUUCCUUCUUUAUUUUGGUUUAAUGGCCAUUUUUCAUAUCCACUACCUUUUUUAAAAUAUAAUGAAAUCAAAGGAUUUGAAAUAAAGGAUUAUGUAGCCUGUUCAAUACAUAAGCAUAGUAUCAUUAUCAGAAGAAUUUUAAAAAAUGAAAUAUUAAAUAUUAAUAUGUUUAAUGAAAAAAAGGUUUUAUCAUGCUUAUUUUAUAUAGAUUUUGAUUAUAUAUUAAAAUUACUAAAUAUUUUUGUAAAAUCCUAUUAUAUUUUGAACAAAAAUGAAUCAAUUGAAAGUUCCUAUAAUAAUAUAAGAUAUUACUUAUUUUAUUAUAAUGAAAAAAAUGAAAUACACCUUUUCGAUGUCGAAAAGAAUAAUUCCAUUUUAAGUAUUUGUGAGAAAAGACAAAUAACUUGCUUGAAUUUCAAUUUUCUUUAUAUAAAUGAAAAAAAUAGUUUAUAUAAUAAAUUAUCAAAUGAUGCGUAUGAAGGAAAUAUAAAAAUAGUUGAUUUCGAUAAAAUUGAUGAAAAGAUUGUUUUGAAGAAUAAAUACAGUUUUGAAUUACUACAAGAUAGGUUCAAUGAUGAUUUAUAUAAAAAAAAUGAUUUCAAAAUUUUAAAAAAUAUUUUUUAUGUUUUAAUAUAUGGUGAUGAAGAAGGUAAUGUUUAUUUUUUUGUUCCAGAUAAAAAAAUAAAAAUAAAAAAAAAAUUAUCAAAUGAAAGAGUUAAGUUCAUUGAAACAAAUGUAAAAGAAUACUUUAAGGUAAAAAAUAGACAUGAUUUAUUCCAAACAAUUAAUAGCAACUAUUAUAUUUUUAUAGUUUUUAAUGAUUCUAUUCAUAUAGUUAAUUUUUAUGUUUUUGAAACUUAUUUUAUUAUAAAUUUUGUAAAUGAAAAGUUAUUUUGCCUGACUACAAAAUUUAAUUAUUUAUGGAAAAAUUAUUUAUCUUUUUCUACGAAAAAUUAUGUAAAAAUUUUUAAUAUUAACGAAAAAAAACUAUUACACAAUAUUAAAUUAAAUAGCUUAAUUGAGCAAGAUAAUGACCUUAAUAAAAAUUCAAAAGAUGAUAUAUUAAUUUGUGAUAGAGAUAAGAUUAAUGAUAUUUACGUUAGUAAUUUUGAUGAGAAAAAUAAAAAUUAUGAUUAUAACAAUAAUUAUGAUGAAGAUAAAAAUAGUAAGAUAGGCACUAAAAGAUAUAUAUAUGAAACAAAGGAAGAAAAAAGCAAAGAUAGCAAUUCUUUAAUAGAACAAGUAACAAAUAUAGACACAAAUAAAAAAGAAAAAGAAUUGAAGUAUUAUACAUGUGUAUAUUUUGAUUUAAAAGACAAUUUAUAUAUAUCAAAUAAUAAAGGAUUAGUAUAUGUAUACAAUUUAAGUAAGCAACAAAUUAUCAAUACAUUUGAUAUUAAUUGUAAAAUUGUUUUUUAUUUAUUUACUUUUACAUUAAAGAAUAAGGAAUAUAUAUAUGUUUACGACUCGGAAAAAUUUUAUUGUUUAUUUCUUAUAAAUAAGAAGAAAAUUAUUUACAAAAUUUUUACCAUUGGCCUAUGGAUAUAUCAUAUUUUAUGUUUUCAUAAUAACAUAAUUUUUUCUUUAGGGAAUGAAAAUUUAUAUAAUUUAGUAAUAGAAAGUUCUAAAAGAAAUUUUUUAAAAUCAAUAUAUUCUAACAAUAUAAAUGUUUGUAUUUAUUUAAUUAAUCAUCCUAAUUUGCCUAUUAUUGCUUUUAUUAAUAAAAAAUUAGUAUUUGGAUUUUUUUUCUUGGCAGAUACAAAAAACAUAAAUAUUCCUUCAAUAAAAGAAAAUCAAAAUAUUAUAUCAAUUUGUUGGUUUAAGAGAAGUAAGAAUAUUUUUUUAGGUAGAAGAGAUAGUGUAGAAGAUUAUCUCUCAAAUAAUGAAGAAACGUCUUUUACGUAUGAUCCGAUACGUUUAGAAAAUCAAAAUCUUGAAAUAUUACAAAAAAAAAGGAAAAAAAUAAUUAAAAAAUUUGUCGAAAAUAACAAUGAUUUUGAUACACAUAUUGCUGUAUUAAAUGAUAACACAUUAUAUUUAUAUAAUAUUGUAAAUAAAGAAAUAAAAAAAUUAAAUAAUGAUAUACUAAAGAAUUUAUUUAAUUUUAAAGGAAAGAAAUAUAUGAGUUCAACAUUUGUAAAUAAUAUAUGUUAUAUUUUCAUUUUAUAUGAAAAAAAAUUAAUAGUAUUUGACGAAUGUUGGAAUUUCUCUAGAUAUGAUAUAAAAAUAGAGGAGAAAAUUAAUAAAAUGUAUUUAAAAGAAGAUAUCAUAUUUUUGCAUUCAAAUAGCAAUAUUUACUUUAUGUUCGUAGAGAAUAUUUUAAACCAUUUUAAUAAAGCAAAUUAUUAUAUGGAUAAAAACUCUGAUGAAAAAAUUUCGAAUAACAAAACUUCGAAUAACAACAAAGCUUUGAAUGAAAAUAAUAUAUUACACAGUUAUGAAUUGUAUUUUAUAAGAUUAAAAUUAAAGGAAAAUUUAAAAAUAGUACUUUUUGAUUUUUAUUAUUUGAACGAAGAAGUAUAUGUAGCUAUUUUUUCAAAAAAAAAACAAAUAUUUGUGUAUAAAAUAAAUUUAAAUGAUGACUGUAUAAAAAAAAUAAACGAGAAUAAACAUUUAGAAAUAGAUACUAAAUUAUUAGCUCAAUUUUUUAAUUUUUAUAUUUUUGAUCAUAUAAAUAAGGUAGGUAGUAUUUUAUGUAUGAAAUUUUUUUACAAUUCCAAAAAAAAAAAAAUUUAUUUAGCUUUUGGGGGAUUGGAACAAUUUCUUUUUUUGUGGAAUUUUUCGAAGUAUUCUGUGAUACAGAAAAAAUGA